GUACGGCCAUAGAUAAGUAUAAAACAUCUGGCUCUGUAGCCAAAUCUAGUUAGUCGCUCUACGAAAGCCCUAAAUAAAUCACAAUUCUUCAAAAUGAAAUUCGCUGCAGUAAUUUGCCUGCUCUUCGCACUGUUCGGCGUGUCCCUGGCUCUCAAGGAUUCCAUUUGUGGUCUGCCACCUGCAGCCGAUGGCAACGGUUUGAUCAAGUGCGCCGCUUUCAUGCCUAGCUGGAGCUACUAUCCUGAAGAAAAUGCAUGCAAGAAAUUCAUUUACGGCGGAUGCGGAGGCAAUGAAAAUCGUUUCGGAACCGAGGAGCUCUGCGCAUCCAAGUGCGUGGAGUAAAAUUGCAAAAUGAAAACUUGACCUGCGUCUUAAUAAAUAAAUUCGUUGAAUGAAAUUUAAAAAGCCCACGUUGUUUGACCUUCAAAGGUGUUCAAUGAGAUCAUGAUUGUUCCAUGCUUUACUUAUGCUGUGAAAUAUAGAGGAAUUUGGGAGCACACGCUUUCGAGUCUUUAAAAAAUGGCACAGUAUCCUUUCACUAUCCCUCAAAAGCUAAGCUCCUGUGUAUAACUUAUUUGAAUCAAAAUCCGCUCUCAACUAUUUUAAAAGAAUAGAUAGAAAGAU